AUGAAGUUGUCCGAGAGCAAACAGAGUACGUUUCUGAUGUGCACAGCGGUGGACAAUGGAGAAAUAAUCAUCCUCAGUGAUGAUGAAGACGAAGGCUGCGAAAAUGACGUAUCAUGCACUGAACCCUCAGUUCUCAUUGUGGAGGUGGAGAACGUGAAGAAGAGCGACAGCGUUUUACCUCCCAGCGCUCUGGAUGAAGACCUGGUCGUCACCUUCUCCCGCCCCGCUGAGGUGCUGCCUCAUGCACGCUACGACUGUCCCAUACAUCCUUUCACGCCUACAGAUAAUGAAGUCAACGCUCCUGCGGCUGGAAAUCAGCUGAUUUGCGACCAGUGCUUCUGUUACAUCUGUGACAAACUGGCGUCAUCGUGUGUGAUGUGGUGUCACAGCGGCAUCUGUCACUGCAACAGCCACAAAAGGAGCAACUUCUGGAACGACCUCAGAAACAACUCGCUGCUGGGAGGUCUGAAGACUUUUAACCUCACUCUCUCCGAAAUAGACACUCACCUCCGACGUGCAGAAACAAUGCUGCAGAGCUUCAAAAGAGAGCUCUGUGCUGUGUUUACUUGCUUCACGAAGGGAAAGACGUUACAGGAAUACGGUAUAUUGAACCAUCAAGGUGUAAUCCACGAUUACACACCAGUGUUUCAGACUGUGUCGUCGUUUCUGACCAAAGCCGAUGAACAGGACGGAAGAGCUGCUGCCAUCAUGAGAUUGGGAGCCGCUGAGGACUUUAUACGGCAUUUCCAAGUCACAGGGACGUUCAUGCUACAGUCUCCCAUGUCUAACGCUGUUCAGGCCAAAAUGGUGUUACUGCACAGGGUUGUAGCAUCAGUACAGAGACAGAUGGUAACGUCUGAUUUUACUCCAGAGUUCAGCCAAAAACUGCAGGAUUUUUACAAGAGAUUAAGUUUCCCCCAUGAGCUGAAGAGCAUGAAGAACAGUCUGUGUGUGCGUCCUUGGGAUGACAUCCUGCUGGUGUCUGUGCUGAAGGGGCAGAAUGUGUCGGGCGUCCGCAAAGACAAAGGCAAGAAGGACGUCCUGAAUGAACACUUCUCUGUAGUUUUGCUGAGGACAGAACUUCUCCAGCGUCAGUGCAGGUACAGAGAGUUGUGCCGCUACCUACGAGUUGUCCAGACUGAUGAACCCAAACUUUUGCAGCAGGUUCAGGACCUCAUCCCUUUCUUCUUGUGCAUGGAAGGGGACUUCGUAUCGGCUCAUCAGAGUUUGCUCUCGUCAGUGAACAGCCCCGCCUCCCGCUUCACUCCGAGCCUCUUCCUCGUUUACCUUCGCAUCUUUGAAACAGCGUUCGCACCAAAGCUGACAGUCAGUCAGCCCGCAGACCUCUGCAACGCUGACGCAGAAUGGAAGCCAAUUAAAGAUGCUAUACCACUGAAGUGUGCUGAGCUGGUGAAGUUCGCCCUCAGCGUUCAGAGAUGCUGCUCUGCUGUUUACACUGAUUCUCGGUGUUGGUCCAUUAUACUCAGAAUUGUCAACACACCUCACAAUUCACUCAACGGUCUACCUGCGCCCAGUCCAGAGUUUCUAGCUAAUGUGAAGGAUGUUGUAAAUUCAAUUCUGCUCGACCAGUCGAGCUCCAACGUACAGAUCCCACGAUUCUUUCAGACGUUGUAUCCGGAUCAGGCUUUGUUGCUGUUGGUUACGGGAGCUUUAGGUUUGAAAAUCCUUCAUUCUGCUCUGAGACCAGCGCUCCCUGUGCUCAACACUUAUAAGGAGAAUCCGUGGGCUUUCGUGUGGUUGUGGGAAUAUUUGUCAUCCAGCGCUUUUUUACAGGAGAUCAAAGAGGAACUGGAAAACUCAACAGAUGGGGAAAACUUGUUACUUGCGCUUCAAUCCAUGUUACCGACUAUGUCUUCUUCAGCAGCGCACUGGGACCAGCAGCCCGAUGGACAUUAAACGCAGCUCCUCCCAACUGGAGGCCCAGUCAAAGUGUCAGCUGGCUGAUGCUGUACAUGUAUUAGCUCCGUUUGGACCUAAAACGGCAAAAUUCUGAGCCUGUUCCUGCAGACCUGUGGAAGUCCUGAAACACUGAAGUGGCAGAGUAUUUAGAGUAUGAAGUGUGUGUGUGUGUAGUCCCGUUCACAACUAUGGUUCAGUUCAUCCAUAACA